CAGUCACCCAUGUCCAAGAAGAAGCAAAAGAAUUAUUACUUAAAGCCGAAGAAUGGAUCGAUGGGACAAAAGCUUAUGGGCCUAUUGAUUACUCGAUUUCUAUUGAAGAAGUGCUUGUUUUGGUCCAAGAAGUUAAGAAAGAUGACUUUGAAAAAGGAACUGCUCAAAAUAUCGCACAGAUUCAUAGUGCCAUAGAGUCACGAAAACGUAGAAUUGAGGUAGACCCGAGAGAUGAAGAAGUUCCUGUUGUAAUGUAUGGAAUCGUUACAAAUGCAUUACAAUGGUAUUUUCUUCGUUGGGCAGGUUCAUCAGAUGAUCCAACAGUUGAAUUAUCCGGUCCGCAUAUUUGUGAAUUCGACAGUAAUACUAUGGAACAAGUAAAGAUAAUUCUUAGUUGUAUUGCCUCCAUCCUCCAAUAUCAAGUCCGAGGAUAUGACGAUGACUCAAAACGUACCCGUAUUAAGAGGCGUCGUACUAAUUAG